AUGACAGCUUUGGGCAAUCGAGCCACCAUCCAGCAGCUCCUUCUCCACGUGCGCAUGAACCCUCAAAAUUUUCAGGAAGUCGACUAUGAGGGCUUAGAGGUGCACCUGAAGAACAACUUCCAUCCCGAGUACUUCCAGCUGCUGGGAAGGACUCCGUCUGGCGAAAAAGUCUUCAGCCUUGUUGGGGGGCUUCCUCCCGGUGUGCGCAAGCUGCGGACAGGUUUCGCUGCCCGCAUGUCGGUGGAAAGCCUAAGCAUCAAGUGCGUAGGUCCUGUCCGCCCGAACGCAGCGGAGGCUCACGAAGAUUUCCAAAGGCUCAGCCGUUGGCGGACCAGGCUGUCGCGAGCAGCACUGCUGCAGCGCGUGAGCCGCUGGGAAGGAGCCCAUACCAUCAAGAAUUUCAGGCGGCGGCGGUGA